GCGCAUGGUACGCGCGUAAAGUCGAGGUGAUCUUCAAUUGAACCUUUAUAAUUUCGAUAAAAUAAUUACUACUAUUUGUGUGCAUGGUUCUUUGAGUUACAUUAAAUAUUAUAAAUCUGUGAUCGGUUGAGCCGAUCCAUUUUAACCUAACGUGACAUUAGUACAGUGAAAGAUGCUUUCAUCUACAUAUUCGGACGUGAUGAUCGUGAUGAUUUAGUAGGCGACAAAGAAGAUCAAAGAAGCUUACAUGACAUGAUAUACGAGAAUUUCAAGUUAUUCUCUGUGAUUGAUCGGACCGGGUCGUUAGACCUUGAAAAUAUCAAAGAGAAGCGAUGAAAAAGCUAUGAGUACGGCGGACACAGCGCUGUCAAUUACGAUCAAAAUGGCCCCAGGGCCGGAACAUCGUCAGGAACCGGUUGCACCCGAUAAAACUACUGAAAACAGUUGUAGUGAAGUCACUAAUGAAAGAGAUGUUGAAAAUUUAGUGGUAGGUGUUGAGACUAUUAGUAACCAGAGUUUAAGUGCAGAAAGUGCUUCAACGAAUACUGAUUCCAAUUCAGAUUCAACAAGUCAUAGUGCACCAACUUCUGUUACCUCCGAUAACAAGCAGGAAGAACCAGCUACUUUAUCCACAUUAAAUGAGGGUGAAUUACGUGCGCUACUAGAUGAAGCUAUAACUUAUAAGUGUCCCAAAGAUCGUGAAGGAAAAUCAAGUCUGUUUAAAGAGCUACUGCAAGAAGCAGAAGCCGAUGAGACUGAAGAAGGUCGUAGGAUAAUAACAAAUUCACGUUGUUUACCUGGAUCAAAUCGUAGAAGGCAUAAACGAGACUCUGUAUCAGAAAGGCUUACGCACGGAGGAUCGUUACAAAAUUUGACGCAACCUAUUGCUUCAGAAUUUGAUAGUAGUUUUGCUUACUUGACGUCUGGUUCUAGCCACACCUACGGAGGAAGUAGAAGAAAAAAUAAAAAAUAUACAGGUCCUAGUGUAUCCGCUAGACAAAGGGAAGGUGGUUCGUUACCUUCAAAUGUAAAUGCAUCACACAGUCUGGCUUCAUUGGCUAAUUUAGACUUACUAUUCGAUAAAAAGAAGGGUUUCUGUGAAGAAAGGACAGUAUAUGACUGGACCAAUAAGGAAAAGUCUAAAUCCCUAGAUAAACCGUCAUAUACAAGUGUGAAAAAGGAAGAAAAAGAAAAAGACAAGAAAGAUAUAAAGAAAGAUUCGUGUGAAUCUGAGCUUGACACGCGUGACAAAAGAGGUACCAAAGGGAAACAGGGGACAAAUGAAAUGCUCGAGUCAGAUAAUCCACCACCAGAAUAUAAGUCAGAUUACAUGGUGAUCGACUUAGGCGAUGCUGAGGUGGGUACCAUUAGUGAAAGGAAUGUGGGAUCUACAAUAGCUGGGGUUCAGAGAGCUCACUCUUUAGAUACAGAAGACGAUGAUGGAAUUCAAAUGAAAAUCAUUGAACCACGUAGACCACAAUAUAUAUCACGUACUACUUUCGAUAUAGCUCAGACUCCUGUGGAUACUACUAUAGAUUUUUCUCUCCGAGAACAUAGUGGAAAACAAGAUAAAUCAAAAAUAUCUGUUAAUGGUACAGAAGUAACUGGAACCCUCUCUUUUCAAACUUUUAAUAGUGUGAAAUGUGGUAUUGGUGGAACCUCAAACAGUUCUAGCACUAGUCAGGGUAAAGUGGGUCCAAGUUUAUGCUCCGUGAUGUCUGCGUCUUUACAAACUCAGAAUAUCACAAUGGAAGGUUCCAGGUACACAGCGCAUACAACAGCAUCUGGGGAGAAAAAGUCUUUGGACGAAAAUGGAAAUGCAGUGCAAAACUAUAAUGUAGAACGAAAGAAAUUUAAAAGAAAACAAGAUCUCAACGUUAUUGUAUAUAGAGCCGAAAACGUUGAAGGUCAUCGAAACGAAGACAUUGAUAGUUUAAUCAAUUUUAUUGAAAAUAAGGAAUCGAAAAGUAAAAAAGGUAAACCAGGUAAUCCAGUGAGAGUAAAAACUAGUUCUGGAGCAAAACCGAGGAGUAGAGAAAAAGACAGUAAAAGGGAACAGUUGCCUGCCAAGUUACAAAAAUCCAAUUCACUUGAAGAAAUAUCCAAAACUAAACUGGAAGAUCUUACAACAGAAAAAAGUGUCAGUUCUAGUGGUGCCAGUAGUUUAUCAAGCCAACAUGGUACAAUUAAUGUUGCUUUACGUCGUGCGAAACAAAGAAGCACGGGAGAUGCUGCUAUCGAUAGUCGUGGUGAUAGACGAUCCUGGGGAACUGAGGAAGGUCAGUCUAUAUAUUGCAAUGAUACUGGAGAUGAUUAUAGUAGUCGUCGAAACUCCAAUAAAAAAGUCAAUCCAGAGACCGAACACGAAACAGAAUUUCUAGUAGUUACGAAAAAGAAGAAAAGUAAGAAGCAGAGAAGAAGUUCCAGUGGUAGUAGAGCUCAAAAUUUGGCAACGUCCGGAUCAUAUCUCCAGAAUUCCAGAGGAUUUUCUAAUGAAUACAGAACACCUCUUUCUCCUGAACUUAGAAGAAAGUCAGCAAGUAGCAUGCCACCAAGCGACAAAUCGGACAGUAGCGAUUCAGACUCUGUUCAUUCAUUGCCAGUCACAUCAAAUACGUCCAAACACAACUUAUCGAAAAUAGCUACCUCCUCAGGCGGUACGCCGCAGGCAAGUUACGCAGAUAUAGCUCGUAUGGCAACUAUUAAUAUGACACACAGUUCGGUAUUAAAUAUGUCUUCGAUUGUCCCGAGCAUGUUGAACACAUCUUCGUGGCCUACCGUGCCACCCAAAACACCCUCAGAACCAGACAAAAUUCCUCAAGAUUAUUAUCCCAGUUUAGAUGAAUUACAACAUUCGGAUAGAAAAACGAAGCAACAUAAUUUCACCCAUACAAAUCAUAUUUUAAACCUUAGUUUUGACAAACCACCUUCACCGACCUUGUCGUCAAAGAUGAAAAAUUCGACUGAAAGGAAAAAGGCAGAAGCGCAAAAAGAAGCCAUCAAUAAGAAUAUCCAAGUUAUUAAAUAUGUACAAGAUAUUGAGAAAAUGCAUCAGAAUUUGUCGCAACAAGAACAGAAACAUGCAAAUUCUAUUAAUCAUGGCAGAAAUCCUAACGAGACUUUAGUCAUGAAUCCAACACAAUCGAAGUUCGCAAAUACAAUCACAAAUUGUAAUUCAGAUUCUGAGAAUAAUUCAAAUUGCAGCGUUGUUAAUAACAAAGAUCCGGUUACGAAUGCAAAAUGCAGUAAUUCUCGUACACGUCGAGGAUAUCCUCAGAUUAAUCAGAAUAUACAAAAUCAAGCAACAAACGACGAUCCACACUUUAAAAAAACUACUUAUUCCCAACACGAUGAAAAUGUAAAAAAGUCACAUAAUACCGAAAGUUCUGGUACGCAUCCUGAGAAUAAAGGAACGGGAUCAUUUGACGAUAACGAAGCACUAAAAACAACUACUCAAAAUACUCCAAAAUCGUCUCAAGAAGGACAGACUACCGAUUCAGGCACUACUAAAUUGAUUAAGAAUGAAAAGUUAACGAAAAUUACAAAAGAACAGAGCGGUAAUAUUAAACAUGAGCCGGUUAAAUUAGGAAAUCCGAUUUCUGUGAAUUUGAAUCAGGACCACCAAGAAGAAGAUGUCGAGUACAGUAAAAAUAAGCAGCUAAAUACUGCUGCGGAUAAAGAUCAAUCUUCAAAAACGGAAUCUCAGAUAUCUAAUAAGCAAAGAAUAUCCAGACCCGCGGUCAUAUUGUUGGAUGAGACCUCAUCUGAUAUUACUAAAAACAACGACUUACCAACAGAACUUAGGUUUGGUUUCGAAAUUAAUGAACAGCUCCUAUUGUCUGAAGAUUCUGCUAUCGAAGAGACUUCUACUGCCAGUUCAGUUUUUCCAUCUGUAGUUCCACCACUUAUAAAUAAGCCACCUUCUAAUUUUGAUAGAUAUCCACCAAUAUUUGAAAGACACAUGAGAUGUGAUAAAUUUACUCCUAAUUUUAUGCAACCACCAAAUAUUCAUGUGACACAACAACCAAUGCACCCAGUAAUAAUGCAACGGUUACCGUGCAUGGGUUAUCCUCCAAGAUUCCCUCCACCUACGUGUCUACCACCACCCCCUACACCGCCGGGUAUAAUAGAAAAAUAUCAUCAACCUAAAGAAGAUUUUUCUAUGCUUUACGUAGCUCCUGAAGAAGACAUUAAUAUACAAACAUACAAUCACGAUAAAAUCGUAUCAUUCGUUGGAUUAGCAUGGGACGCUGUUAUGAGAGAAAUGCCAGUAACUGCAAGUGGUCGCAUUCAAUUCUAUAGUGGUCAGUGAAAUGGGCACUAAGAACAUGGGGUAAAUAACAUAACAAUGUUUUUAUAUUGCAAGAUUGCAUCUAUUGCAUUAUUAUCUACUAUUAAAUAUAAACAGCCAGCAGAGUUUGUUUACCGACACAAAACCGAAUAUGUAUGUAAAUGCAAGCAAAAUGAUUGAACAUUUGUCAAAAUGUUAUAAAAACUUUGUGUCGAUCAAAGUAAAACAUGCUGUGCUAAAUCUCAAGUCAAAUCAUCAGUGAUAAUUCUGUAAAGCCAAUCGGUGCAAAAUGUGCCUCGAAAGAUAAUGUACAUAAUAGUCAAUCACCACGA